GGGGGGCGGAAGGGUGGGAUUUAGACUGAAAAGAAGAAACCGCUGGCUGUGACAGCGACCGUUGCUUCCUCCCCCCUCCAUCAUCAUCAUCAUCAUCAUCAUCACCCGCCUCACCAGCAACAGCAGCUUCAGAUUCAUCGGCGGCAGAAGCAAAGGCAGAGUUGGUUAAACAGUUUGUAGAGGAAGAAGAAAAAAACAAGUAGUCUUGAAGAGAAGCUCCGCUUCAGGGGGAGGGAACAUGGGGGAAUGGGAGCUGCAGAUGGGCAAGUGCAAGGAUGAGGAAUUCCGACCAAAUCUGCUUUUAUGACACAGACCUCUGCUUCAUCCAGCAUCAUUAGGAAUUCAUUCAAGAACACCAGAUAACACUAUUUAAAUACCUCAUACAUCAUGGAUGCAGCUUCAGCCUCCCUGCAGUUUGGAUCAAAGAAGCGGGUCAAAAUUCACCCAAACACAGUCACAGUAAAAUAUGCCACUCACUUCCCCCAGCCUGGUGACGAAGGGUACGACGAUGCACCCUCCUUUGAGGAUUUCGGUUCUUUUGCAGAGGCAAACAUUGGAAAGAGACUGGUGUCUGAUGCCAAAGGCAGCAGGACUUUCUUUGGAACCAUGGAGACUCAGCCUAAGCAGCCAAGUGUGCAAAGAGACAAAGGGGUCGAGGGUCAGCUGGCCAGCUUUGGCGAAGCUAAUGUGUUGGCCUCCAGAGUGACCUGGAUGGCCUUGUUUGGGGCAGCAGCAGCUCAUGGAUGUGUGGCGCUAAUCACCCGAUUGGCGGCAGAUCGCUCUAAGGUUCCCUCUCUCGAGCUGCUCUUCAUCCGCUCUGUGAUCCAAGUGUUGUCAAUCCUGGUGGUCCUCUACUACCACGAGGCACCCUUCGGCCCCAAGGGUUACCGGCUCCGUCUCUUCUUCUAUGGUGUGUGCAACGUCAUUUCUAUCACUUGCGCCUACACGUCCUUUGCCAUUGUACCCCCCAGCAAUGGUACCAUCAUGUGGCGAGCAUCCACCACUGUCUUCAGUGCCAUACUGGCUUUCCUGCUGCUGGAUGAGAGGCUGAGCUACACCGACGUGGUUACGGUGGUGGGAAGUGUGUUCGGCCUGUGUCUGGUCAUGGUGCCGAAUGUAGCAGAUGAGGAGAAGUCCAGGCUGGGGUUUUGGAAGGAGGCAUUUGGCUAUACAAUGACAGUUAUGGCAGGCUUGACCGCCGCCCUCUCCAUGAUUGUCUACCGAGCCAUCAAGGAGCGCGUCAGCAUGUGGACAGCACUCUUUACCUUCGGCUGGACAGGCACUGUCUGGGGUGCCUCCACCAUGUUCAUAAUGCAGGAGCCUAUUAUUCCCCUGGAUGGGGAGACCUGGGGCUAUUUAAUUGGGAUCUGCAUCUGCUCCACGGUAGCGUUCCUUGGAGUCUACUAUGCUCUAAACAAGUUCCAUCCAGCCUUAGUUAGCACCGUGCAGCACCUAGAGAUCGUGGUUUCAAUGAUUUUGCAGCUGAUCGUGCUGAGGAUGAUCCCCUCAGUGUACGAUGUGAUCGGAGGCCUUGUCAUCAUGGUCAGCGUGUUCACUUUGACCGGAGUCAAGCUGUACAGAGUGAGCAGGGCCAUUCGACAGGAUUACCAAGAAAUCCUAGACUCGCCUAUCAAAUGAAUCUGUCAGUCUAUCCGUUUACAGUGUCGCUUGGUUGUGCAAUCAAAAGAAUGUCUGAAUCUUCAUCUGAUGAUUUUUGUAUUGUUGUGCUGUGAACAGAGUGCCAGUUUGUGUAACUAAAGUCUUAAUAUUUACGUGUGAAAUAAAAGACAAUUGUAAUAUUGUGA